CAUUUCUUCACCAGAUCUAAUCCCAAUCCGUGAUUAAACAAACCCCUAGAAACCUCUCUCUCUCCGGUACCUUUCUCCGAUCAAAUCAAUGACGCUCCACGGGGCGGUAAUCCAGAAGCUCCUCAACACCGGCUCCCACCUCGGCCGCCGCGCCGCGGAGCACCAUUUCAAGCAAUACGCCUACGGGACCCGCAACGGGAUGACCAUCAUCGACUCCGACAAGACCCUGAUCUGCCUCCGCAGCGCCGCGAGCUUCGUCGCCAACCUCGCCAGCGCGAGGGGGAACAUCUUCUUCGUCAACACGAACCCGCUCUUCGACGAGAUCGUCGAGCUCACCUCGCGCCGCAUCCAGGGCGACGCGUACAACCACAACCGCUCGACGAACCUCUGGAAGAUGGGAGGGUUCCUGACGAACAGCUACAGCCCCAAGAAGUUUCGGUCCAGGCACAAGAAGCUCUGCUUCGGGCCGACGACGAUGCCUGAUUGCGUUGUUGUGUUUGAUGCCGAGAGGAAGAGCUCGGUGGUGUUGGAGGCGGCGAAGCUUCAGAUUCCCGUGGUGGCGAUCGUUGAUCCGAAUGUGCCGUUGGAGUUCUUUGAGAAGAUUACGUAUCCUGUCCCGGCGCGUGACUCGGUGAAGUUUGUGUAUUUGUUUUGUAAUGUGAUCACCAAGUGCUUUGUGGCGGAGCAGAUGAAGAUGGGGAUCAAAGAUGGGGACUUGGCUGCUUGAUUGAUUGGUUUAUGAUGAGCUUGAAUUGUACAUGAGGGAUGGUUGUAAAGAUACAUAGCAACCUUAGAUUUUUCCCACACCAGCCAUUACUUCUCCAUGAUCCAUUGACAUCAGAGACUCCAAGAGACCCAUACUCAUUCCAAUCGUCCCUGAACUCGUGAUUUAAGCUCACAGAAGAGAUGUGACUCGAGCAGGAAGUUUGAGAACUUCC